UUUCCCCGAUAUUUGAGCUUAGUGAAAGGUGUGGUGGAUUCUGAUGAUUUUCCUCUUAAUGUAUCCCGAGAGAUUCUUCAAGAGAGCAGAAUUGUAAGAAUCAUGAGAAAGAGACUUGUUAGGAAGACUUUUGACAUGAUUCGGGAGUUGUCUGAAAGUGAGAAUAAAGAGUGCUCUCUUCACUUUAGGAUUACAAGAAAUUUUGGGAGAAUUUUUGAAGAUUUGAUUGAGCCCAUCGAUGAAGUUGCGAUCCAAAACCUAAAGACCUACAAGGAAAAUAAAUUCGAUGACAUCAGCAAGGAAGAUCUAGAACUUGGUAAUGAGGAUGAGGUAAAGGAAAGGGAAGCUAAACAAGAAUACAAUGCCCUCUGUGAUGGGAUAAAACAACAGCUUGGUGACAAAUUUGCCAAAGUCCAAGUCUCCAAAAGACUAAGCUCAUCUCCGUGUGUGCUUGUCUUUUGGAAAUUCAGAUGGUUUGCCAACAUGGAAAGGUUGAUGAAAGCACAAGCACUUGGAGAUACUUCAAGCAUGGAAUUCGUGAGGGGAAGGAGAAUUCUGGAAAUAAAUCCAUACCACCCUAUCGUCAAGGACUUGAAUGCUGCGUGCAUAAAAGCACCAGAUAACACUAAUGCGAAGAGAGCAUUUGAUCUGCUGUAUGAUACGACAUGGAUAUCCAGUGGUUUCACUCCGGGCAGUCCAGCCGACUUGGGAAUCAAGAUAUACGAAAUGAUGGCAAUGGCACUGCGAGGGAGUUGGGACAGAUCGAGUAGAAUUUGA